CAUCCUUGGCUCCACCACGAGAGCCAUUUUGUGUUAGGCUGAAGAAACACUGUCUCUCAGCGCAUCCCCACAUCCAUUAACCCCUCCCUCGGCUUUCUGACGCACCACUGCGUACCAGGCCCUGCAAAACCAGACUCCCUCAGUCUGAUGGUCUUGCCAGGGGGGGCUCCACCUGCAUUGAUGUUGCUGAGCUAGGGAGAGGCUGAGAGCCUAUAGGAAAAAAUAAAACAACUGGGUGAGGAAGAAGACGGCGGACGGAAGCAGACUUGAUGGAAUAACCCACUGCUGUCCGCAAUCUCAACAGGAUAUUGCCAUCAGGAAUCAGGUGGCAGGUGGCCUCUGAUUCCUGACUGGGCUUCGUCCCAUCAGAUCCUGUGCAGUAGCAAAGCCCCAGCACUCAGACACCAUGGCCGGUGCCUCGGUGAAAGUAGCUGUGAGGGUCCGUCCCUUCAAUUCACGAGAGAUUGGAAAAGAGAGCAAGUGCAUCAUCCAGAUGUCAGGCAACACUACCACAAUUCUAAACCCAAAACAGCCAAAGGAGACCAAGAGCUUCAACUUUGACUAUUCUUAUUGGUCACAUACAACGCCAGAAGAUGUGAACUAUGCAUGCCAAAAGCAGGUUUAUAAAGACAUUGGAGAGGAAAUGCUUCUGCAUGCUUUUGAGGGAUACAACGUUUGUAUCUUUGCCUAUGGGCAAACAGGGGCAGGAAAAUCAUAUACCAUGAUGGGGAAACAGGAGAAAGACCAAGAAGGCAUCAUCCCAUUGCUAUGUGAGGACCUGUUUACCAAGAUCAGUGACAAUAAUGACAACAGCAUGUCAUACUCAGUUGAGGUCAGUUACAUGGAGAUCUACUGUGAGCGUGUGCGGGACCUUCUGAACCCAAAGAACAAAGGUAAUCUGCGCGUGCGAGAGCAUCCUCUGAUGGGGCCGUACGUCGAGGAUCUGUCAAAACUAGCCGUUACUUCCUACAAUGACAUCCAGGACCUGAUGGACUCUGGAAACAAAGCAAGAACUGUGGCAGCCACCAACAUGAAUGAGACCAGCAGUCGCUCCCACGCUGUGUUCAACAUCAUCUUCACACAGAAACGUCAUGAUAGUGAUACAGACAACACAUCUGAAAAGGUCAGCAAAAUCAGCUUGGUCGACUUGGCAGGCAGUGAGAGGGCUGAUUCUACUGGAGCUAAAGGCACUAGACUCAAGGAAGGAGCCAAUAUUAACAAAUCUUUAACAACACUAGGCAAAGUUAUCUCUGCUCUGGCUGAGAUGGACUCUGUACCAAACAAGAACAAGAAGAAAAAGAAAGUUGAGAGCUUUAUUCCAUACAGAGAUUCAGUUCUGACUUGGCUGCUGAGGGAAAACCUCGGAGGAAACUCACGUACCGCUAUGGUAGCAGCUCUAAGCCCUGCUGAUAUUAACUAUGAUGAGACUCUCAGCACGCUCAGGUACGCUGACCGAGCCAAGCAGAUCCGCUGCAACGCUGUCAUCAACGAAGACCCCAACAACCGCCUGGUGCGUGAACUGAAAGAAGAGGUGGCACGUCUGAAGGAUCUGCUUUAUGCUCAGGGUCUUGGAGACAUCAUUGAGACAUAUCGGGCACAGGCUCCUGGGAUAGCUGCUCUCAAAUUGACCAAUGCCAUGACAGGGAUGAGCCCAUCGCCCUCGCUCUCCGCCCUGUCCAGCCGAGCUGGCUCCAUCAGCAGCCUGCAUGACCGGAUCAUGUUCAGCCCAGGAAGCGAGGAAGCUAUUGAGAGGCUGAAGGAAACUGAGAAGAUAAUCGCAGAACUCAAUGAAACUUGGGAAGAGAAGCUUCGUCGCACCGAGGCCAUUCGAAUGGAAAGGGAGGCACUUUUGGCUGAAAUGGGUGUGGCGAUGAGGGAAGAUGGAGGAACUGUUGGAGUCUUUUCACCAAAGAAGACACCUCACCUGGUCAACCUCAAUGAAGAUCCACUGAUGUCUGAAUGUUUGUUGUAUUACAUUAAAGAUGGAAUCACCAAGGUCGGCCGUGAAGAUGCCAGCAGUCGGCAGGACAUUGUCCUGAGCGGUCACUUCAUUAAAGAUGAACACUGUAUCUUCACAAGUACCACAAAUGCGUCAGGAGAGGGUACGGUGGUCCUGGAGCCCUGUGAGGAAGCAGAGACUUACGUUAACGGGAAGAGAGUGACAGAGCCCACUGUUCUCAGAUCAGGCAACCGUAUCAUUAUGGGCAAAAGCCACGUGUUCCGUUUCAAUGACCCUGAGCAAGCACGGCAAGAGAGGGAGAGGACCCCGUGUGCAGACACACCUGUGGAGCCAGUGGACUGGGCCUUUGCCCAAAGAGAACUACUGGAAAAACAAGGCAUUGAUAUGAAACAAGAGAUGGAGCAGAGGUUACAGGAGCUGGAGGACCAGUACCGCAAAGAGAGAGAAGAAGCAAGCAACCUUCUGGAACAGCAGAGAUUGGACUAUGAGAGUAAGCUGGAAGCUCUUCAGAGGCAGGUUGAUUCCAGAUAUUACCCAGAAACCACGGAGGAAGAGGAGGAACCAGAAGAGGAAGUGCCGUGGACAAAGCGAGAGACAGAACUGGCCCUCUGGGCUUUCCGGAAAUGGCGAUUCUAUCAGUUCACCUCUCUCAGAGACCUGCUCUGGGGAAAUGCUAUUUUCCUCAAGGAGGCUAACGCCAUUAGUGUGGAGCUAAAGAAAAAGGUUCAGUUUCAGUUUGUACUACUCACGGACACACUGUACUCCCCGCUGCCUCCUGACCUCCUGCCCCCCAGCAUAGCCAAAGACAGGGAGAAGAGGCUGUUCCCUCGCACCAUUGUAGCAGUAGAGGUUCAGGAUCAGAAAAAUGGUGCCACACACUACUGGACCCUGGAAAAACUCAGACAAAGACUGGAUUUGAUGAGAGAAAUGUAUGACCGAGCAGCAGAGGUGCCUAGUACUGCAGUCGAGGACUGUGAUCAUAUGAUGUCCGGCGGUGACCCUUUCUACGACCGCUUUCCAUGGUUCCGUCUGGUUGGUCGCACUCCCAUUCUCAACACGUGCAUGAGCGAGCGCAUGAGUGACCUUACCCUCUCCCCCACCCUCUCCGACCCCGACUCUGACAUAACCGAGCUUGCCGAUGAGCGGCAUUAUGGGAAAGUCGAGGUGGAGGAGGAGGAGUUGGAUGACCUGGACGAUGAGAUCUUUAUGGAGGACCCUGGCUCAGAGCUUGGGAGAGAGGAGGAGGAGGAUGGUGUGGGGGAGCGCUGCCCAGGUGUCAGCGAUGGCCAGGACCCCUUUUACGACCGCUGGCCUCUGUUCAGUUUAGUGGGAAGGGCCUUUGUGUAUCUGAGCAAUCUGCUGUACCCUGUGCCAUUAGUGCACCGUGUGGCCAUUGUAAGCGAGAAAGGCGAGGUCAAGGGGUUCCUCCGUGUGGCAGUUCAAGCCAUAUCAGCUGAUGAAGAGGCUCCUGAUUAUGGCUCAGGUGUGAGACAAUCAGGAACUGCCAAGAUCUCAUUUGAGGAUCAACAGUUCGAGAAGUUCCAAACAGAAACAUGCACUGGUGGGACGUCUCACACAAACACAUCUCAAGAGGAGUUGCGCAUCGUAGAAGGAGAAGGACAAAACUCAGAGAUGGGCCUCAGUGCUGAUGAGGUCAACAACAACACCUGUGCAGCAUCUCCUGACAUUCCUAACAGUCCUCUGAAGGGUGGUCUGGAAUGUUCUCUUGAUGUGACUCAGGAAAAAUCACUUCAGCACUUGAAAAUUGGCAGCAACUUCACCUUCAGGGUCACAGUGCUUCAGGCCUCCAGCAUCUCUGCUGAGUAUGCAGAUAUCUUCUGCCAGUUCAACUUUAUUCACAGGCAUGACGAGGCAUUUUCCACUGAGCCAUUAAAGAAUACCGGCCGAGGGCCUCCACUGGGAUUCUACCAUGUACAAAAUAUAACCGUGGAGGUCACAAAAUCUUUCGUGGAAUACAUCAAAAGUCAGCCAAUUGUUUUUGAGGUAUUCGGCCACUACCAGAAACAGCCUUUCCCUCCACUCUGUAAGGACUUAAUUAGUUCAUUACGUCCAACAAGAAGGCAGUUCCCUAGAGUUAUGCCUUUGUCAAAGCCAGUGCCCGCCACUAAACUGAACACGCUGACGCGCUCCACCGCUGGCCCCUGUCACUGCAAAUAUGACCUUAUGGCAUUCUUUGAGAUCUGUGAACUGGAGGCCAAUGGAGAUUACAUCCCAGCCGUUGUUGAUCACAGGGGUGGAAUGCCCUGCCAUGGUACAUUCCUGUUGCACCAGGGCAUCCAAAGAAGAAUUACAGUGACUAUUGCCCAUGAAACGGGCAAUGAUAUUGAGUGGAAGGAGGUUAAAGAGCUCGUCAUAGGGCGUAUUCGUAACACACCCGAGGCGGAUGAGACUAUCAUCGACCCCAACAUCCUGUCCCUCAACAUCCUGUCUUCAGGCUACAUACGACCAUCUUAUGAUGACAGAGUGUCAUUGGGAAUUGACCAUAGGACAUUUUACCGCUUUGAGGCGGCAUGGGACAGCUCCAUGCACAACUCCCUCCUGCUGAACCGUGUCACUCCAUAUGGAGAGAAAAUUUACAUCACCCUCUCUGCCUAUCUUGAGAUGGAGAACUGCACUCAGCCCACUGUCAUCACUAAGGACUUUUGCAUGGUGUUCUACUCCAGAGAUGCUAAACUUCCUGCGUCUCGCUCCAUUCGAAACCUUUUCAGCACUGGUGCCUUUAGGCCCUCUGAGAGUAACCGUGUGACUGGAGUGUAUGAAUUAAGCCUCUGCCAUUUGGCUGACAUUGGAAGUCCUGGUAUGCAAAGGAGGCGCAGACGGGUGCUGGACACCUCAGUGGCGUAUGUGCGUGGAGAGGAGAACCUUGCGGGUUGGAGGCCCCGCAGCGACAGCCUCAUUCUGGACCACCAGUGGGAGCUGGAGAAACUUAGCCUUCUACAAGAGGUGGAGAAGACCAGGCAUUACCUUCUGCUGAGAGAGAAGCUGGAAGCAUCUCUGCUGCUGGGACAGGACUCUUUCUGUGGCAAAGACCUGAUGGAUUCACCCAAGGCCUCCAGCCCCAUGUUCAACCCAGUAGUCAGCCUGGGUCUGGACAGUCCCAACGAGAGACAGAGGGAGCUGGCUGCCAAGGAUUCUUUGAUGAUUACAAAGUUAAAAAGAACAGCAUUUAUUCAACAAUUCAAUUCUAACAAUUGUGUGCGACUGCUCAUGCACACCUUCAACAGGCAGUACAGCCAGGUGAGCAGCAGUCUCAGUGAGAGCAAGCUGUCAGAGAUGUCUGCAUCGCUUUUAAGUGCUUCUUCCCCUCUGAGCACUUUAACACCCUCCUCUACCUGCCCGUCACUGGUGGACGGGCACUACGGCAGUCCAGACCUCAGAGGUGCUGAGGCAAACUCUGGUGCCUCCAGUCCUGAUCUCGAUCCCUUCAGCCCUAUAGAGAGAAAACCAAGGAGCUGCACCUUCAUCCCGAACAUCCAGGAGAUUCGUGUCAGCCCCAUUGUGUCAAAGAAAGGCUAUCUACACUUUCACGAGACACACACCAGUGGCUGGGUGAAGCGUUACAUUGUGGUGCGGCGGCCAUAUGUCUACCUGUACCGCAGUGAGAGAGACUGCGUGGAGCGAGCUGUCAUCAACCUGUCCUCUGCUCAGGUGGAGUACAGCGAAGAUCAGCAUGCCAUGCUGAGGGCUCCUAACACUUUUGCAGUGUGCACUGAGCAUCGCAACAUUCUCCUCCAAGCAGGCAAUGACAAAGAGAUGCAUGACUGGCUGUACGCAUUCAACCCACUGCUGGCAGGAACUAUCAGGUCUAAGCUUUCCAGAAGAAAAUCAGGACAGAUGAGGAUGUGAAAGUGUUUUUUUCUCUGGCUGAAACCAUAAACGAUAGCUAACAGGCCGUUGUGAUGUAAUUAGGUCAUGUGAUCAUAAGUGCCCUAUCCCCAUGUCAUCACAGCUGCCUCUUGCCUGCCCGUCCCAGCAUUCCCCUCUCAGUCUGUCCAUGCCAACCAUAGACUAUGGGCCUGGCUUCACAGAGUGUGCGUGUUUAUGUGCGUGUCAGGCCAUAUUUAGUGUAAAUUUACAACACUGAAAUAUAUUCAGCACUUCCUGCUAACAUAGCUACAAGCUAGAAUGGCAAAACAGCAUCCUAGACACGGCCCUACUCUUAGUUCAUUUGUAAAUGCGACUCAACGCUCUGUUUGUGUAUGUGCUUCUGCAGAGUAGAUGUCAAGUGCUUUUACCUGAGCUUCAGUAGUUGCCUCUUGGUUUUGAUCUGCCAUGAUCAUUGUGCUUUUUGAAGAGAUGUUAUUUCGAGGUCAUGAAGAUUGCGAUGGAUUUUACACUAAAAAAAAAGAGGUAAAUGUCCGUUAUUUUGACAAAAAUCAGCAUUGGAAAAGUACAAAACGUCUACCAUACAGAAGUUUAUUUUGUGUUUUUAUUUUCAUCUGUAAUGUCUUUUUUACAUUACAUCUUUACGUUUACUUAUUUAUUAAGCAUUGUAUGUUUUAUAAACAUAAUUUAUUAAGAGGUCACUAUCUGUAGUGUGCUACAAAAAUAAUUUUUCACCUUGCACUUUUGAUAAUGAGCUUUAUUUACCAGGUUCAUUUCGGUUCAUUUGCACAAGAGCUCUGCUGCUAAGAGUAUCAGCUUCUUUAAUUUUUCUUUAUUUACAACCUUUCAUUUUUUUGCGCACAGAAUUGGAAAGCUGUGAUGCUUAUUACCUGUUACUGAUACACUGAACGCAAAUACAUCAGAGCACAUUAGAUGAGGGAGAUUUUAUUUCGAUUACACCACGGAUUUCAAAUAAUAUUAUGCAGGAAGUACUGCAUCUUAAUUGCAUAGUUCCUCAUUUGUAACUGCUAUGUUCAGCUCAUCCUAGGCUUACAUGUUAUUGAAUAUCUGUAUUCAGAUCUCUUACAUGGUGUUUCCUAGUGAAGCAGCAAUAAGAUCAAGUUUUUAAGAGAAGAUCCAGUUUUAGUGUUCCAACUUAUAACAAAAUAUGGAAGCCAUUUCCCCCACUGAAUGAAAAAUGAAGAUAAUUGCAAGUUUUAUCUCACAGUUCUAACUUUUCUUCUCACAAUUGCGAAUUUAAAUCUUUCAGUUCUGAUGUUUUUUCUCAGAAUUGUGAAAUAUUACUUACUUAAUAUAACCUUUUUUUUCACAAUUGUGAAUUUACGUCUUUUAAUUUGUUUGUAUUAUGAAUUGCAUAUUGUAAUUUCAAAUAAGAAUUUGCCAUUUUGUAAAGGAGUACCACAAGGCUCAAUAUUCAGACCGAUUAUGUUUUCUUAUUUAAUUUAAUUACUUAAAAUAAACUCUAUUCUAAAAAAAUAUUCAGAUACUGCAAUUAAUUUUUUGCCAUCCAAACAAUAAUAAAAAAGACUAGCAUUUCAAUAAUAAAAACCCUGAAAUAUUGCAAUACAUUGAAUAUAAUAUUUCAUUAUUGAAUAUAUUGAAAUGCUAAAAAACUUUGUUGUUACUUAAUCUAUUUUAUUCCUUUUUCCUUAAUUUUUCUCUGAAUUUCUUAAUACAGAUUUACAAUUCUGACUUUUUUUCUCAGAAUUGAGCUAUAAACUCAAAAUUUUGAGUUAUAAAGCCAAAAUUGCGAGUUAUAAAUGCAAGUUGUCAAUUCUGAGAAAAAAAGUCAGGAUUCUGAGUUUUUUUUAUCCCGCAUUACCGACUUGACUAUGGCUAUUUCUCAGAAUUGUGAGUUUAUAUCUCGUAAUUCUGAUAAAAAAUAGUCCGAAUUGUGAGUUUUUAUUACACAAUUAUGAGGAAAAAAGUCUGAAUUGCAAGAUGUAAACUCAGAGUUUGAAUUGUGAGAUAAAAAGUCGCAAUUAUUAUUUUUUUUCGUAUUCAUUGGUGGAAAUGGACUUCCAUAACAAUCACCAAUAUACUACCGAAAAUUUUAUUUAGCUUAGCAGUUCAUUUUUGUGAGAUGUAUCAGUUAUAAUAAGCAUAUACACAUAAACGUUUUUUGCUCCACCCUUUGCCUUGAAGACAGUGUAUACUAAGUAUAGAAAAGUGGUUUUCAUGUCACGACAGUUUCAUCUUAAAGAGGUACUAUCUGAGGCCGUGUAUGAAUUCAGAAAUCUCUCGUUUGGUUUGGUUUGAGCUCAUGCUAUGGUCAGUCCGCCAUUUAGUAUGUUGCUCACGUUGCUGUUACAGAUAUGUUUAAAGAGGAUGAAUGUUUUGUGCCAUGGGCCAACCAACCCAAAGAGCACAAAUAUAGCAGCAACAUCUAGUUGUGAACGUACCUGAGAGAGUUCAGCAGUUCUGGUCUUUACCUCUCCAAAUGGUUUCUUCAUAAGCAGCAGUAUAAAUAUGCCUUGAUAAACUCUUACAUGGAAUAUGGAACUGAAAUGUAAAUUUGAGACAGACAUUUAGGUUUUGGAUGAUAUGUUGACGGUCAUACAGUACCUCCCAGUGCCCUGACGUUUUUUAUCCAUUCCUGUCUUUGAUAAUGCUAUGUAUAUGAUAGCAUGCUGUACAUAUUUAUUCAGCUUUUAAAUGAAAUGUAUCAAACGUAUCUCAUUUACCUCCAUACAGUAUAAGAGUAGCAUUUACAGAAAAAGAAUAGAUUCAAUCGUAUUAUUUUACCGAUUUGAAGGAUCACAGUUGACUAUGAGCAUGUGGUGUUUGCACUGACACGGUGCCCUGAAAACAAAGCAUUCAACAGGACUUUGUCAACGUACAUAUAUAUUGCAGAUAAACAAGAUUUUUAAGGUUUGUAGUUGAUAACGUGUCUCUCUUUUUCUCUCUUCACUCUUAAUGGAUCCUUUGUGUUACGACGUCAUCAGUUCAAAUAAACAUCUUUCAUCCAUCCAAAUAUUCCAAAUUUAAAAAAGGAACUAUAAUAAAAUAUAAACUAAGUGUACCUACUGUAAUUGCUUCAAUAUUUCUGUUGAUUUGCUCUGUAUAUAAACCCAAGUGUGGUCUAGCACACGGCUGUAACCACUUUAUACCAUAAUGAAUGGGCUGUAGUGUACUCAGUGCUCAAGUUCUUUGAGUGUUGGACCUGUGUCUUCUAAUGUCUGUGGACACUUAACACUUUGUCAGGUGUGAAAUAAAUGUGAAAUAUGCGCAACGUU